AUGGUGCCAGUAAACCAGACGUUUAAAGAUGGAUUCAUCCUGUUGGGAUUUUAUGAAUACCUUCACACCCAGACUCUUUUGUUCCUCAUGUUCCUGACUGUGUAUCUCCUCUGUCUACUAGGGAACACGUUCCUGAUCAUAUUAAUUAUUACUGAUUCUCGCCUCCAUACCCCGAUGUACUUAUUACUGUCCAAUUUAUCUGUUGUUGACAUCUGUAUUACCUCCCUUAUUUUCCCAAGAUUUCUACUGACUUUCCUACGCAUGAAGUCAAUAUCCUUUUUUGAGUGCAUGCUGCAAGUCUAUCUGUUUAUUGGCUUUGAGAGUACGGAGUAUCUCCUGUUGACGGUCAUGUCGUAUGACCGGUACGUGGCCAUCUGUCACCCUCUGCAUUACUACCUCAUCCUCAAUAAAAAGCUCUGCGCUCUACUAGUAGCUACGACGUGGAUUAUUGGUAUGUUGGACCCGGCAGUUGUUAUUAUUUUGCUGUCCACGUUGUCUUUCUGCGCGUCCCAUGAGAUCAAUCAUAUUUUUUGUGAUCUGGUGCCCCUGCUCCAGCGCUCCUGCGGAGACACUUUAAAAGUUGAAGUUACUAUAUUUAUGGAAGGAAUACUCUUGGGUUUCCCCUCUUUUGGUCUCACGGUAUCUUCAUACAUAUCCAUCAUCUCUGUCAUCAUGAAGAUAACUUCACUAGAAGGACGACGCAAGGCCUUCUCCACCUGCUCCUCCCACGUCACGGUGAUCACCCUGCUAUACUUGUCUCUCUUAUGUGUUUAUUUCCAGCCUUCUAACAAUAUUCUCCGCAGUACUAAGGCUGUAUCUCUCUUGAACGUCAUGGUAAUCCCGAUAUUAAACCCAGUCCUUUACAGUCUGCGGAAUAAAGAAGUCAAAAUUGCUUUUCAGAAACUUUUACAAAUGAGGACAAAACAGAAAAUCAAUUCCAGAUUUCUCUAA